UCUAAGAAAAAUAGGUUGAAGAUUAGGUUAUUAACAUAAAAAGCUGCUAACUCUAUAAUAUUUUGUCCACGACUUCUAUCCCCUGGCUCAUAGUUGAAUCUAAAAAUGGCCAAAAAGAUCCCAAAGAAAAAUAAGAAUCAGAACCAGAAUUCCUAUGCGAGCGAUGAGAUCAGAAGAAAAAGUCUCAAUUUUGUCAUCUUGAAUGCUACAAGACAGUUUGAAGAAAAUAAAGAUGAUCUGAUCAGCAAUUUACCAGAUGACAUCCUCCUACACCUCCUCUCCUUGAUCCCUUUUGAAUCGGCCUUGCAAACCAAUGCUCUUUCAAACAGAUGGCGCAUUGUAUGGAACAAAGCUUUCACACAACAUGGUACUAAAGAAGGCAUUGAUUGUGCAGUUGCUGACUUUCUCCUUGAUUUCGAUCACCACAAUCCACUACAACAUCCUCGGAUACUAAACUUUCAUUUUGGCAGAGGUCUCAUACUCUCAGCAACAAUCGGAUUAAGGAAAAAACUUCAUCUUAAGUUCUGUUCUGAAAAGCAAGCAUACUAUCCAAGACAGUUUGGUUGGUUUCUGGUGCUGAAUAGCUUUGACCCCAGUCACCAGCCUUCUCCUUCGGCUUUCUUUGUCAAAACCCUUAAUUUGACUUCUGUGACCUACCUUACAAAUGAGAUUGUUUCUUCUUUGGUUUCAAAUUUUCACAAUCUUGAGAGCUUAACAAUUGCCAACUGUGUUGGAUUGCGAUCUUUGCGAGUUGAUGUUGUUUCCAAGCUUAAGAACUUUACUGUUCUGGACUGUCCUCAACUGAAUUCACUUUUUAUUGAAGCUUAUGAACUCAAAUCGUUUCGAUGCCGAGGCAGGCUUUGCUGGUUUUCACUCACAGGUGUUCAUUCUUGGGAAGAUUGCAUGCUUGAUUUUAGAGCAGGCCCUGCUUACAAAGCCUAUAAGUACCUGCAUUAUGACUCACUUCUAUUAGCCAUAGAAAAUGUCAAAAUUCUCACACUAAGUGGAUGGUUCUUUGAGGCUAUUAUCAGCCCAUGGUUAUCCUCAGGACAUGAAAACUUGAGGUUCAAUAAUUUAACAGAUUUAUGGUGGAUCAAUACUACAAUGGAAGAAAGCAAGAUUGAUGCCUUGGUCUCCUUGCUCAAAAUCUGUCCUUCCUUGGAAAGACUCUUCAUAAAUAUUGAUCCUACAAGCUACUGCAUUGCAAGCACUGUCUGUCAUCCAUGCUCGGAACAAGUCAAUCGAGCACGGCCGCGUCAUCUCAAAGCGGUUAAAUUGGAAGGAUUUACUAAUGAAGAGGAUGCAAUUGUUCUGAAGGAGCAUUUGCUUGAGGUUUUCAAUUUGGAGCCACUGAUCAUAACAGCAUCAAAUGGGAAACUACUGUGUUUAAUAAAGAUCCCAAAGCAACAAAGCAAGAACAGCAUGAAAAAAGGGAGACCACAGUCAAAGAAAAGGAAGUGUUCUUACAAGUUUGUUGAAGAAGUUGAAGACAACAUUGUUGGGCAGUGUUCCAAACAUCCUCAUAUGGGUCUUUAGAUACUUUUCAAAACACACAUACAAUUAGUUAAUCAUCUUCAUCUGGUUGCAAUGACAGAAACAUAAAAUUUUGUGACAAGUUUCUUUCAAAAAAUGGAUGGUUGAUUUUUAGAACCAUAAUUGUCGUCUAUUUUUUCAGAGAUAAACACCAUAAAAUGAAAGGGUCGUGAUGAUUAGGAGGCCUUACAAAAUAAAUAAUUUAGAUUAUUAAAAUGGACCCAUGGUGGGCCCCACAAAUUAGACAGGAAACUUUUGAAUCCCAACCAUUUUAAUCAUGAGAUUGGCAUUUUUUUGUAUCUUCCAUUCUUAACAUCCGAACAAAAAAAAAUUAUUUGUAAAAUUUUCAACCCAUGUGUAUGGUAGAUUAGAAUUCUCUGUAAUAUAUCUCUACAAUGGUCUUGUUAUAGUAAUCAAAGCCUCAUGUUUAAAUUUGAAUCAAA